UUCCAAAAGCUGUCUCUUACCCUCUUUUACUCCAUCUUUUUUGUUUAACAAUAAACACAAGUGCGGGCGUGUAGCAAGUGUUUAAAUCAUCCACUUUUAUGGGAUUCUAGGCAUUUUCUCACUUCACUGCCGACAGAAAGACUUGGGCUUGCACACAUGAACAUCAAGGCAAAGUAAUUUCCCCUCUCAUUCUAUUUUAUGACUGUUUCAGUGGUGGCUUGAGUGCUGGUUAGGGAUUCCCCACCUUUCACGGCAUGUAUCUCUGUUUAAAGGGUAUCAAAAAUUUACUAGCUUUUAGUUACUAGUUGCUGCAAAGGUUGAAUCUUUGAGAGGGAAAUGUGUUUAGUUUACUUUUUAUUUGCUUGUUACUUCUCUCAGCUCGAUUUGUUGCUUGGGUACCUUUCUAUAUUGUGAGCUUGGGUGAGUUAUGAACUCUAAAGAAUUAGCCCAUUUGGAUUUCCUUGCGUUUCUACAUUGAAAGCUCGAGAUAUACUGAGGAGUGGGGGUUAGGAUGAAGCUUAUUAGGGUUUUAUUAAUGGCUACCCUUCAUUUUGCCCUUUCACUGGGGCAGCUUCCUUCCCAGGACAUUUUGGCACUACUCGAGUUCAAGAAAGGGAUAAAGCAUGACCCAACAGGUUAUGUGAUUCAAUCAUGGAAUUUAGAGUCCAUUGACACCAAUGGCUGCCCUUCUUCUUGGAAUGGCAUAAUGUGUGAUGGUGUUGGUAAUGUUGCAGCUCUUGUGCUUGACAACCUGGGCUUGUCUGCAGAUGAUGUUGAUUUAAGUGUGCUUUCUAACCUCACUAUGCUUGUCAAGCUCUCAUUGUCAAACAAUUCAAUUUCUGGGAAAUUGCCUUGCAACAUUGCAGACUUCAAAAACCUUGAGUAUCUUGAUCUUUCUGACAAUCUGUUUUCCUCCCAUUUGCCACCACAAAUUGGACAGUUAGGGAGUUUGAAAAAUUUAUCUAUAGCCGGAAAUAAUUUAUCAGGUUCCCUUUCAGAUAUUACCCUUUCGGGGCUAACCUCAAUAAAGUCAUUGGAUUUAAGCCGUAAUUCCUUCUCUGGGGUCCUACCAUCUUCUUUGACCAAGCUAAGAGGUCUGGUUUAUCUUAAUCUAUCCAAGAAUGGGUUCACUGGAAAUAUUCCUAAAGGAUUUGAGAAUCUGGAAAAUCUUGAGGUUCUUGAUUUGCAUGGUAAUGUGCUUGGUGGUGAAUUAGAUUCAAUGCUAUUGCUGCUUACCACUGCAAGUCAUGUUGAUCUCAGUGGGAAUAUGCUUGUGACUUCUGCUGCUUCUCAUAAAUUUCUGCCUAAUGGCAUUUCAGAAAGCGUUCAGUAUUUGAAUCUGAGUGGUAAUCAGCUUAGUGGAUCAAUUAUGAGUGGGGAUGAAGCGGAAAUGUUUGGGAACUUGAAGGUUCUUGAUUUGAGCUUCAAUCAGCUCUCUGGGGAAUUGCCUGGCUUCCAUUUUGUUUAUGAUCUUCAGGUUCUUAAACUUGGCAACAAUAGGUUCUCUGGAUUCAUCCCCAGUGAUCUCCUAAAAGGAGACACGUUGGUACUAACAGAGUUGGAUUUAAGUGCCAAUAAACUCACAGGGACUGUAAACACGAUAACCUCAACCGCGUUGCGAGUCCUUAACCUAUCCUCAAAUUCACUCUCCGGUGAGCUUCCAUCAGCAACAGGAAGUUGUACAGUUCUUGAUCUCUCAAAAAACCGGUUCGAAGGAAACCUAAGCAGAAUGCACAGAUGGGGAGACAUUGAACUACUCGAUCUCAGCCGGAACCGAUUGACCGGACCCAUCCCUGAAAUCACACCCCAAUUCCUCCGUUUAAAUUACCUAAACCUCUCUGGCAACAACUUGUCCGGUUCUCUCCCAAAACUUCUCUCCCAGUUCCCUAAACUUACAGUCCUCGACCUAAGCUUCAACCGGUUCGACGGACCUUUUCUAACUGCUCUUCUUACGCUAUCGCCUUCCCUCAAAGAACUUUACCUGCAGUGCAAUGCCUUAUCUGGAGCCAUUGAUUCAUUCUCUCCUCCUCUAUCUUACAACACUUCAAAUCUUCAUGUUCUUGAUGUAUCUUAUAAUCAGCUUUCGGGCCCGUUUCCGGGUGGAUUCGGAUCGUUGGUUGGGCUUCAAGUGGUUGACAUGGCGGGAAAUAGAUUUUCUGGUUCUCUACCAAUAUCUGUUGGUAAUAUAACCACUCUAAGCUUCCUUGAUCUCUCACAUAACCAUUUUACCGGUCCAUUGCCAAACAAUCUGCCAAAGAGCAGCCUUCAGAUCUUUAAUGCAUCAUACAAUGAUUUCUCUGGGCUUAUACCGGAAAGUUUGAUGAGUUUUCCGAAGUCGUCUUUCUACCCCGGCAAUUCAGGGCUAGAGUUUCCAAAUGCAAGCAACAUCCAAAUGGGGAAUUGCAAAAGGAAAAAUCUGAGAACAUUCAUGAAUGUCGUGAUAAUAGUUUCUUGUGUCUUGGCAGUAGCUAUCUUGAUCUCUCUUAGCGUUUUUGUUUACUACAUGCACAAAUCCAGAUCACGAACCGUUUCCAACCCGUCAGGCCUUUUUAACAGAAGGGACGGUAAUUUAGUAAUUUCCGCAGAAGAUCUUAUGAACUCACGAGUGGGAGAAUCAUUGGAACCCGAAAAGAAAGUGGGGGUUGCCAUAGCUGCAAGCUUCUCGCCUGCUAAAACCAGCCAUCUCUCUUGGUCAUCGGAAUCUCCAGAUCAGCUGCCCGGUGAGCUCUACUUUUUAGAUGAUACCGUAUCAUUUGCCCCUCAGGAACUAUCAAAGGCCCCGGCUGAGGUUUUGGGCAGAAGCAGCCAUGGAACAUCCUAUAAGGCAACCUUGGAGUGUGGCAUGGUUUUGACUGUUAAGUGGUUGAGGGAAGGAGUGGCAAAAGAGAAGAAGGAUUUUGCAAAGGAGGCUAAGAAGUUUGUUAAUAUUAGACAUCCGAAUGUGGCGGGACUAAGAGGAUACUACUGGGGACCCACACUGCAUGAGAAGCUUAUUCUUUCUGAUUACAUAUCUCCUGGAAGCUUAGCAUGUUUCCUCUAUGACCGAGCGGGAAGAACAGGUGUAUUAACGUGGCCUCAAAGGCUCAAGAUAGCUGUUGAUGUUUCGCGGGGUCUAAACUAUCUCCAUUUGGAUCGCGAGUUUCCACACGGAAAUCUCAAAGCAAGCAAUGUAAUGUUGGAUGGUCAGGAUCUCAAUGCACGCAUUGCAGAUUACGGUCUACACCUCCUAAUGACCCAAGCAGGCACAACCCAACAGAUCCUUGACGCUGGGGCCUUGGGGUACCUCUCACCAGAGUUGGCUGCCCAAAAGAAGCCAAUGCCGUCCUUCAAAUCAGACGUAUACGCUCUUGGAGUGAUCUUGUUGGAGCUCUUGACGGGGAAAUGUGCAGGUGAGAGUGGUGUGAUGGUGUCGGAUGGUGGGGCCAGUUUGACAGAUUGGGUAGAGUCCAAGGUGGGUGAGGGUCGUGGUUCCGAUUGCUAUGAUGCGCUGUUGUUGCCUGAAAUGGGGAACCCGUUGACAGAGAAGCAAAUGAAGGAGGUGAUGAAAGUAGGAGUGAGGUGCAUAUGCUCCUCAUCUGGAAGGAGGCCGGAUAUCAAAACUGUAUAUGAGGAUCUGUCUUCUAUAUAGUUUUAUAUGUUCUCUUUUUAGUACUCUCUGAACAUGUAUUUUAGCACUGAUGAGCUGCUGCUUUUUGUUAAGUUUUGUAGUUGUGAGUUGGAAUAAGCUGCGAUUUGUAAAAAGCUAUUCCAGCCUAUUUAAUUGAGCAGCUUUGACUUCCAUCCGUUCUAAUUUGAUCUUCUUCAAAACUUUAUGCAUUUUUAGCCAAUAAAAUAGUUUUGUUGAGAUUUGUUU